ACCUACUACUACUACUGCGAGCCGACGGGCGACGACUACUAAAUAGUAGUAGUAGGCUAGAUACUGGGCUUGCUGCAUAACCUAUUAUUCCUGAGUACCUUACAGUGCAGUUCUGAACUAACGAAUGGAGACCGAAGUUCCAGUUGAUCAACUGGAGAGCUAUCCAAAGUUUUCAUGGCUUGUCAGACCUUGUGAAAGAUACAAAGAAGAAUACAGUGACUGUACUAGUAUAAAGGCAAAGUUCCAUCAGUAUUUUAUUAAUGGAGAAACUGCUGAUUGCUCACAAUGGAAAACAGACUAUGAUAGGUGUUUAGACUUUCGAAAUAAAAGAGAUCUCAAGGGCUUGGAAGAUGUGAUUACCAGUGAGAGAUUACGUCGAAUAAAGAGAUUAGAAGGUCAUUAUCAGAACAACGUUUGGGCACGAGAAUCUCCGCCUGAGGAGUGGAGUAAACCAAUACCUAAAGAAUAUGCUGAUAAAAAUGAUAUUUUCUCCUAUAUAGCUAUGAAGAGUAAGGAACUGAAAGAGGGAAAGCCCAGUGAGUCUGUGUCCAUGUGUAGUAUAUCAUGAAGUAAGUUGAAUUGUUGAGAAGUUUUUCUUUUUAUUAUUGUAUAUAGAAAAAAUAAAUGUGUUGUUGAUA